AUUCGUUUUUAGAUGUUUACCAUUCAAGUAUAUACGUUUCGCUCCUCUUGUGUCUUGCAUUAUUUGAACGUAGCGUGCGUAGUGGGGGUUACCCAUCACGAUAUAUCCCGGGUGUUACACAUGUACGUGGCGACAGUAUAGUCAAAUUCUAUCUUUUGGUAAGUCCCACUUCCAUUUACAGACACCGGUGUUACUGCUCGAACAAAAGCGAGAUUUACCCGAAUUAAGCCAGAUCUAGAGUGCAGGAAAUUCUGCCAGGUGCGUCCGAUAUAAUGUCUGCCUUGUCAAGGGCAAUAGAUGUUAGAAAAGGCGAAUAAGAAUUAAAAAAUAACAUGUACAUGUACCAUAUUUCAUUCUUAUUUUAUCUUAUCUUAUUCACACAUACAACGUUAUAUAAACAUGAUAUACUCAGUAACUGCGCAAGGGAGGCCGAAGGCUUGGUAUGCUCAUAUAACACCCUUUUCGCUCUAUCGCAUUAGAUUUGAUCUGAGGAGGAUGUCAUCCGUAAAAUUUACUUGCUGCGGCCUUAGAUUAACAUCAGUGCCAAGCAAUAACACAUUGUGUACAGUCAUUCUGCUUCUUGCCUCCUCAUCUGAAACACCGUUCGCUGUCAGUACAAGGCCCACUUUAGACUAGAAACGGUAUACCACUCCAAAACCCUUCGAAACGGUUUGUCUUUAGACACAGGAGUGGAAGCAUAGCGGACCACCGCGGUGUGGCGUGAGAUAUUGAGGGGCAAAAUUUUCCAAAAUGGCGGGAAAGGAGUCAUCACUGGUGCCGCAGCACAACAGAAUCAGCACCACCUUAUGGAACAACAGCUCUGCCCCUCCGUUCGCUCCUGGAAACACGCCACAAUUUGAGAAAUUCGAUGGACAAACCUCUUGCCUCAUGUGGCACCUACAGAACAAGACGGUGUUCCAGGGCUACGCAGCCGCCCAAGAAGCCUGCUCCAUGUACGAGAACACUGAGGAGUUGGGAACAGCGACCGCCGUAAUCUCUUGGCUGUUGGGGCUUCUCAUCGUCACCUGCAAUGCCGCCGUGAUCUUGGAAAUCGUUAGAACAACACAACUCCACAAGCCGCUGUACUACUACAUGGCAAACCUCGCCGUUUCUGACUUGGUAGGAGGCAGUGGACUUCUGUAUCCAACGGUAGAUCAAGUAGAAUUCAUGAGGCUGCACAAGUUGAUGAAUGUUUUAACUUUUCUGAUGUACAGUCAAAUGAUGUCUGCUUCCGCCCUAUCGCUGCUAUCUGUUAACUCUUACGUUGCUGUGAUACACCCUGUAUUCUUCCACAACCAUGCCGCCACUGCCAAGCGUGAUGCAGGCAUAGCUAAUAUGCCUAUUGCCUCCUCUUGGCUUGUUCUGUCUAUCACACUGUAG